GAAGUCUUAGAGAGAGUCAAGUGUUUGAGAGUUUGUGUUAUGAGUGAAACCAAUACUCAAAACAAUGCAUUGAAUUGAAUACAAAACCAGUGAUUGAUUUGCAGUAAUGAGUGAAUCGGGUAUUGAUUUGACACUCGUUUUUGUGGAUCCGUUGAGCCAUUAAACCAUAUCUCAAGCCAUGUCUUCAGAAACGCCUCAAACAACAAACCAAACGCCAAAUGAGAUUGAGUUGAAUGAGAGGCGAAGACCGCCACCAAUACUGAUGCCCAUCGAUGUGUCGGAUGGCAGCCAAACGUCGGGCCCGAAGACACCGCAAACACCGGGUCCGUCGUCGGCCAACAGGAAAGCGGACAAAGAGCGCAAAAUUGGCCACAGAAGGGUCGACGAGGAGGGACAGGUGACCUACAAGAAGAUUCAGACCACGCAAAUCAUGGGAUCCAUUCAGUUGGGCAUCGGUCACGCCGUCGGCUCUCUCGCCUCCAAACCCGAGAGGGAUCUCCUGAUGAAGGACUUCAUGGAGUUGGAGACCGUGUCGUUCACCAAAGACGGCUCCAACACAACGCCCGCUCACCACUACUCGGACUUCAAGUUCAAAGUGUACGCUCCGAUCGCCUUCCGCUACUUCCGCGACCUCUUCGGUAUACAACCGGACGACUUCCUGCUGUCGGCCUGUAAUGAACCGCUCAGAGAGCUCUCCAAUCCCGGGGCUUCCGGUUCUGUCUUCUAUCUCACAGAUGACGACAAUUUCAUCAUUAAGACUGUUCAGCACAAAGAAGCAGAGUUUCUGCUCAAACUAUUGCCCGGUUAUUACAUGAACCUAAACCAGAAUCCGCGGACACUUUUACCCAAAUUCUUCGGCCAAUACUGUUAUAUCUGCGGCGGGAAAAACGUGCGGAUAAUUGUGAUGAAUAAUCUGUUGCCGAGUUAUGUGAAAAUGCAUCAGAAAUAUGACUUAAAGGGCUCGACGUAUAAACGAAAAGCCAAUAAAUACGAGCGCAAGAAAGAGUCGCCCACUUAUAAGGACUUGGAUUUCAUGGAACACCACUCGGAGGGUCUGUUCCUCGAGGCCGACACUUACAACGCUCUCAUUAAGACAAUGCAAAGGGAUUGUCGAGUAUUAGAGAGCUUUAAGAUAAUGGAUUACAGCCUUUUGGUGGGCAUUCAUAAUCUGGAUUUGGCGGCGAUGACCAAGUUGGAGAAACUCAAGGCCCAGUCAUCCACUUUGGCCGAAGCGGCCGUCUAUGAGGCCAGACUUCGCAGCGCUCGCGAAGCCGGUGACCAAACCGAUCACGAAGAGUAUAUCGACCACAAAGAGUUCAGUGAUAAUAAUAGAGCUAAUGAUAUAAAUAAAGGAAAUUCUGUCAAUUUAAGCCGAAGUAAAUCUAUUAACAAACAAAGAAUCGCCGCCUAUUCCACAGCCCUUGAGUCCAUUCAGGCAGACAUCGAACCAAUUGAUCCCGAAGAAGACAUUCCCGCCGGCGGAAUCCCAGCCCGUAAUUCAAAAGGAGAGCGCCUUCUGUUAUACAUAGGAAUCAUAGAUAUUCUGCAGAGCUAUCGACUGAUGAAAAAGAUGGAACACACGUGGAAAUCAUUCCUUCACGACGGGGACUCCAUAUCAGUACAUAAGCCCGGAUUCUAUGCCCAAAGAUUUUUAGAUUUUAUGUCGAAAAAUGUUUUCAGAAAAAUCCCUUCACGUAAGAGAGAAACUGUGUUUUCCGUAUCAUUUGAUUCCUUUCACAUUCAAACAACUAAUAUAUUUGAUUUGCCUGAAAUCAAAGGCCCUCAUCGUAAGUUCCGAACCCUGGUCUCGAGUUACAUUGCUCUUAAACACUCGCCAUCGAAGCGUAAGAUACCGCCGCCUCAAAGGUCAGGUCAGAGGCCUCCCUCAGAGUCUGACGCCGAAGCCCUUAAAGAAUUUCAUCACGCCAAUACUAGUCGUAUAGUCAACAAUCCCUCUCUGUCUGGAGGACCGGUUCAUAAGUUUCGCUACUCAUCAGAAGCUGCUCCGAGUCUGCGAACAGUUGUCAUAAAACAAGCGGCGAGUAAACAGUCAGUCGCUAUACCAGAUAGGAGUGAAAUUGUGAGCGUAUCACAAAUUGCAUUGACUGAAUCGGAAAGCAGUGUCACCAGUAGCUGUUCCAGUGCCACCUCCUCGGGACUGGGCUCCACAUUGCGAACGGUCACGUGGACUCCACCUCACAGUAUCGGCACAUCCACUCCCACCCAUACCGAGGGAACGCCUUCUAUCACGGAGUCCAGCGAAAGCGGAGAUAUCGCGUGUCCGACGACACCGAUUCGUAGCCGUAGUUCAACGCGUCACUCGCGCUCCAGUGACUGUUCAGACAAUGGCGCCGAUAAUAUACCAAAUGAUGCAGAAGUGUCCAAAGCCCCCAACGCCUCCAUUAUUAGCACCGCAACCACAGUCAACACCUGUUUGAGUCCAAUCGCUGAAGACACCUGA